GCUCGGGUCUGGGGAGAGGAGGAGGAGAUACCCUGUGGUUUUCCUUUGCGGGAUUUAUUUUGUCAGCUCCAAACCUUCUUGCGCUUUAUGUUUUUUUUAAGUGACCGAAGGCCUUCAACUUGUCCGGACGGUCCCUCCCCACUCGCAAGGGAGGGUGAGUUUGCGGAGCUUGGGUAAGAGGAGUCAGUUCUUGGAGAAGAAAGAUGUGGCGUCACCUGCUCUAUUCGCCAUGGCGGGACAUGAUCACUGAGCAGACAUUUGCUUUAACUUGAAAAGCUCUUCCUCUGGUGGAAUUGACAGCUUGGUGAUAACGUGUUUAAUAGAUCAUCUUACACCUCUGUCGUAGGAUUUGAUGGACUGCCUUUGGGGAUCUUUGUGUGUGGAACCUAGCUCAGUUCAGUGACUCUGUGCAGUUUUUUUGUUUCCCAGAAAAGGCUUUAUCUGUUGGAUAUUACUUGAUUAUUUUGGAUCUAACACAUUGAUAAGAUUCUCUUGGAUACUACGGAGAUUCUCGUGGAGGACGUUUUCCCACAAGUGGAGAUUGAGCAGCGCCAGUGUUUGGCCCUUAAAGUUUGAUUCCCUGUAAGAGGAGGGCUUAUCUGGAUGUUUCCUAUGAAGGACAUGGAUGGCCCUCGAUCUAGUGGCCUGCGGAAGAAGAGGAAGUCAAGGUCAGAGAGGGAUCGGGAGAGGAGAUCAAAUGGGGUAAGGAACAACCACGUUAAGGGUUCCAUAUUUCGCUUCUCCUCUGACUCAGAGCGUGAAGGUGACAGGGAACCCUCCUCAUCCCGCCCUCGACCCCCACGACGAAAGCGAAAGGAGUCUACUUCUGCUGAAGAGGACAUCAUUGACGGCUUCUCCAUCACAGGCUUUGUGACCCUGGAGGCUCUGGAGAAGAACAUGACACUGAAGCCCCAGGAAAGCAGAGACAGCCAGGCAGGACCCCUGCACAAGAAAAAGCCUGUCAGAGUCCCCAACGGCCUCAGCCUGGAGCCCUGCAAGAACAAUUACCACCACCACCAGUCAUCAGACCAGGAGAACAACCCCCGCCUGGCACACACACAAGGCAAGAGGAAGAAGAAACACCUGAACAAGAAACACUCCAUGCUGAAACCAGGGCAGAACAACUGCAAGGGCAGUGACAGCGAGAGUGUAAGUGGAGAGUCCAAGCCUUCCAUCAGGAGCAGCUCCAGAGACAGACUGACAGAUUGUGACACCGAAAGUGACCAAGACGACAAGGUCUCCGAUGCCAGUUCAGAGAAAUUUUUCAGCACAGCCGCAGUUAAAGUACCAGAUUUUGGCAUCGAUGUGCUCUCCACCAAUGGCAGCCAGGAGCCUCACGGCCCAGGCCUCCUCAAGGUGUCAGGCCUAGAGCGCAGUCAGGAGAGGAGCCAGGAGAGUUGCCGAGACGCCCAACCCCCUGCGUCCAGCACUCCUAAUCCACAUUUGCCCUCUCAAACCCUCCCCGUACCGCAGCCUCAGGCAUCCAUCCCCCAGCCCCUGUCCCCUCGCCGGACCCAAACAAACAGCCCUGCCCAGGCUCCGGCCUCGAUCCACCUGCCCCCACGUUCAGAGGCUCUCCCCAGGCCUCAGACACCCGCAGCCCUGCCUCUUGCCCAGGGCCAAGAGCCCUCGCCACCCCCCCCUCCCCGGUCCCAGCACCAGCCUGAACUGCUGUCCCACCCCAGGCCUCCGCCUACACCCAGCCUUCACCCACAUCCCCCAUCUCCUGCCCUCCCGAACCACCACCCUCACCAGCAGCAUCCCAGUCAGGCAGGGCCUCACCGGCCCCCAUCACGCUGCCAUCCCCGGCCCCUCUCUGCAUACAACGGCCUCAACCUCAACGGUCACAGCAGCAGCAGGAGCAGUACCCCAGGCACCAAGCCCCACGGGCCCCCUGCUCCCUCCUUGCACCUCCCCCACCACCCGCCUCCUCCUGCGGCGGCCGCAGCAGCCUCCACGUUCCCCCUGCCGUUGGCCGCCAACCAGAGCACCCCCCACGGUUUCCCCUCUGCCUUGCAGUCCUCGCCGCACCCACAUCACCCCAAUAUGUUCGCUCCUCCAGCGGCCUUGCCUCCACCACCACCACUGACGUCUAGCACCCUACCAGUACCCGGACAUCCUGCUGCUGGGAGUGCCUACUCAGAGCAAGACCUUCUGCGCCAGGAGCUCAAUACUCGUUUCCUGGCCUCCCAAAGCGCCGACCGCGGCGCCUCACUGGGCCCUCCGCCCUACCUACGCACCGAGUUCCACCAGCACCAGCAUCAGCACCAGCAUCAGCACCAACACACCCACCAGCACACCCACCAGCACACCUUCACGCCCUUCCCCCACGCCAUCAUGCCAACCCCAGCACCACCCAUGGUGCGUACCCCUGCCAGAAAUUUUGACAAAUACCCAACAAAAGUUGACCCCUUCUACAGACACAGUCUCUUCCACUCUUACCCACCGGCCAUGUCUGGCCUUCCCCCUGUCAUCCCCCCGACCGGGCCCUUCAGCUCGCUGCAGGGCGCUUUUCAGCCCAAGACCUCUAAUCCACUGGAUGUGUCCACAAGACCUGGAGGCGUCCCACACACAUUCUUACAGAAGGACCCCAGGCUGACGGAUCCAUUUCGGCCCAUUCUCAGGAAACCGGGAAAGUGGUGCGCCAUGCAUGUCCAUAUCGCCUGGCAGAUAUACCACCACCAACAGAAAGUAAAGCAGCAGAUGCAGGUCGACCCUCACAAGCUUGACUUCGGCCUCAAGCCUGAGUUCCUGAGUCGACCUCCAGGCCCUAGCCUGUUUGGCGCCAUCCAUCACCCCAGCGACUUGGCACGGCCCGCCACGCUCUUCUCCGCUGCAGGUCCUACACACCCAUCAGCAGCACCCUUCGGCCAUCCGCCCCAUCAUCCUGGAAACUUCCUCGCUCCAGCAUCUCACUUAGAACCUUUCAGUAGGCCUCCGUCAUUUGGAGGACUGGGCGCUCUCAGUUCAUCCGCCUUCGGGGGACUGGGAAAUCCGGCACUAAAAUCCCUAACAGCGGCCAACUCAGUGUUUGGCCAUAAAGAUGGCCCAAAUGCACAGCAGCACUUCAACAGCAGCAGCAACAGCAGCCACCAGGAGCCGUGGAACCGCCUGCACCGGACACCACCCUCCUUCCCCACACCACCUCCCUGGCUGAAACCUGGAGACUCUGAGAGGAGCACCUCAGUCAGCUCACACGAGAGGGACCGAGACUCUGACAAACGGGACCCGCUGGUCAGUAAAGACGACAAGGACAGGGACUCUGUAGAAAAGCGUCAUCCAAGCCAUCCGUCUCCAGUCCCUGUCAACCCCAUCAGCCUCCUCGGACACAGCCGACCUCCUGAGCACCACAGGAACCACCUGCCUCCUGCUCCUGCUCCUGCUCCUGCAGAGCCUCAGAGGGACAAGGAGAACAAGGCCAAAGAGAGGGAGAGAGAGCACUCAGACUCCUGGAAAGACAAUGGCACAGAUGACCUCAAGCUCAAAGACAACCAGCACAGCGACAAGGACACACCGAUCAUCCAUGACAGCCGAGUGUCAGAGGACAAAGUGUCCAACAGGGGAACAGCGUCACCUUAUGUCCGACAAACCAGUCUGGAACGUCCCAACGGAGGUCUGAGCAGGGAGAUCUUAGAGAAGAAGGUAGAGAUGCCAUAUGAACACCAGAAGAAGAACAGUGAGGUGAAAGUGAAAGAGGAGAGGAAGGAGGAGCAGGAUGGAGCCACAGAGAGGGCAAGUGAGCACCCAGUUCAGGCAUCCCCCACGCCAAACCUCCACCCUCCAUCCUCAAUGCCUGUGCCAAUGGGCAUGGCUGGUGUCCAUCCCAUCAACAGCAUCAGCAGCCUAGAGAGAACUCGAGUUGUGGCACCCUUCAUGGGUAUCAGCCCCAUCCCAGGAGCUGACAGGUUCCCUUACCCUGCCUUCCACUGGGACCCAAUGAGGGACCCCUACAGGGGCCUGGACAUUCACCGACGGGACCCUUUGGCCAGAGACCUGCUGCUAAGGAAUGAUCCUCUGCACCGCCUGGCGGCGCCGCGCCUCUACGAGGCAGAGCGCUCCUACAGGGACCGUGAGCCUCAUGACUUUAAUCGUGACCACCCUCACCCUUUGGCCCUGGAGCAGAGGAGGGAGCAGGAGCGUGCCCAGCUGGAGGAGCGCGACCGCCUCAACAUGCUCAGAGAGGAUUAUGAGCACGGGCGCCUCCACCCCACAAUGCACCACCCUGCUCUUGACGGACACCUCCCCCACCCGGCCCCAGGCCUCAUGGCCCCUGGACUUCCCGGUAUGCACUACUCCAGGGUCAGCCCCUCGGCUGCAGCGGCGGCGGCAGCUGCAGCGGCAGCAGCCGCCACCGCCCAUCAGAACGGUAUCCUGAACAAAGCGCCACCCACUGCAUCUCUGAGUGCGCCACCGCCGCUCAUCCCCACACUGGGUGCCCGGCCUGGCUCACCCAGACGGACUACUCCCCUGGCAACAGAUAUCAGAGACAGACCAGCUCACAAAGACAUUGAGGCACGGUGAGCUGAGCCACAGCAGACUCAGUGCCCCUGCAGCCUUGUGCCUCACCAACACUGAACUCACACCAAGCACUUAGCUUUGGGCAAAGCAAGACUGUAACAUAGCUGUGAAUAAAUUAUGUGGGCACACACAUGCCCACACAAUGAAUUGUUUUUGUAUAAAAACUACAAAGAGACAAUAACCAUGGAACAAAAAAAAACAAUUUUUCAAAGUUUUUUCCCAGUUCGCUCCAGCUUUUUGUGUGCAUUCUUUCUCUUGUAUAGCGAAGUGACGUGGAGUAAGAAUGAACAGUUUUGGAAUGUACAGGUACAUUAGCACUGACAGACAGCAAAGUGUGUAGAUAAUGUGUACAGUCGCUGUGCUCUCUCUGUAUGGAUUAAAAAUCAUGGUACAAAUAUGCAAAAGAGUGUUUUGAAAGCUUUACUUUAAACAAAUGUAAAUAUAGGAGUAUUACAGCGGUGAUUCAGAAUGUGCUUUUUGCAAUUUCCUUUUUGUUUUGUUUUUUUGGUUAACGCAGGUGAUUAGCAUUGUACCAGAGACCCCCAUAUUCAACUAUGCAACAAAAGUCUGGGCUCCCUUUCUGAAAGCUGGCCUUCUCAACACUUCUGACUACUACUGAAGGACAAACGCUGUAUUCUCUCCACAACUCAGACUUAACAAACAUCCACUCUGACAGAUACGAGCUUUAACUGAUCCAACCAGGAUUUGCAAUUUCAAUUUAACAAAAAGGUCAUGUUUUGAAAAUUACUUCAUCAAAUGUGAUAAAUUGUAGUGACAAUCCCAGAUAUUAGUACUAAAUUUCAAAGAUUUUUUCAAUUUAGAAAGCCAGUAGCACAAAUGUUUUUAAUUCUUCCAGUUCCCACCAGUCUUGUUCUGGGGAGAAUGCAGCACGUUAAACACCAUGACAGCACAUUAGCCCUGUGGAAGGAGUGUAAAGUACAUGUUUUGGAAAUAAGUUCUGUUGGUCAAACAGUGUAUUAAAGUGCUUUCUUAAGUUGUUGUACCUACAAAAUCAAAAGACAAAAAAGCAAGUCUCAACUAUGGACAGUUUGUUUCUAACAAGCAGAGAUCUAUUUUAGUAGUCCACUGAAGGUUUAGUUGUGCGCUUCAAACUCUGUGAUAUCAUGUUGUGCAGUGUUUUUUAAUCCAACAUAAAAAUGUCCACCGGAGCCAUAGUGGUUAGUUGAUGCGUAUUGCAAAAAACAUUGUUAAAUGAGAAACUUUUUUUUGCUGUUUACCAUGUACAGGGGAAAAAAUGAAGUCUUUCUAGAUCAUGUACAAAAAUGAGAAAAAAUGAAGCAACUGAAUCUUCAGCAUGCUCCUCAUUUAAACUUGUGUUAUGUAAAUUGUGCCAUGUUAUUAAAAAAUGUGUACUAAU